GGGAGGUUGUCCAAGCCAUAAAAAUCAUUCCAGGGAGUAAAACCCCAAAGGGAAGGAUCUAUAGGAUGGCUCCGACCGAGUUGGAUGAACUUCGGCGACAACUGAAAGAGCUGACAAAGAAGGGAUGGAUCUGGCCGAGUACUUCCCCCUACGGAUCUCCAGUGCUAUUUGUACCGAAGAAGGGGGGUACAUUGACGAUGUGCAUUGAUUAUAGAGGCCUCAAUGCCAUUACAGUAAAGAACGCAGAGCCUCUACCUCGCAUAGACGACCUAUUGGAUAGGGUGCAGGGAUGUAAGCACUAUAGUAAGAUAGACUUAAAGUCCGGCUACCAUCAGAUCGCAAUAAGACCAGAGGAUCAACACAAGACUGCUUUUCAGACCAGGUACGGUCUGUAUGAGUUUGUAGUGAUGCCCUUUGGCCUUUGCAAUGCGUCGGGUACAUUCCAGCAUGCCAUGAAUUGGAUUUUUCAUGACCACUUAGAUAAGUUUGUCGUUGUCUACUUAGACGAUAUUCUUAUCUUUAGUAAGUCUGUCGAGGGGCAUGCACAACACGUUGAGACUGUACUUUCACUCUUGCGACAACACAAGUAUAAAGUCAACUUAGAGAAAUAUGAGUUCGGACGCACUAAGAUCUUAUACUUGAGUCAUGAAGUAUCCGCGGAAGGUAUUAGGCCGGAAGAUGCGAAGGUGGCUAGUAUCAGGGACUGGCCACGACCUCAGACUGUUACUGAGGUCAGAUCUUUCUUAGGAAUAUGCGGCUACUAUAGGAACUUCGUAAAGAACUAUUCUACAGUCGCCUCUCCUUUGACUGAUCUAACUCGACUUGACACGGCGUGGGAGUGGAGUGAUGAGUGUGAGGCUGCUUUCAAACGAUUGAAGCAUGCACUCAUGAAUCAUGAGGUUCUCAUGGUGCCCGAUCCUCAGAAGCCUUUCAUUGUAACAACUGGCGCAAGCCAAUACGGCAUUGGCGCAGUGCUGGCUCAGCAGGACGGGAAGAAGUUGAGGCCAAUGGAGUACAUGAGCAAGAAAAUGCCAUCAAAGAAACUUGCAAAGUUCACAUAUGAAAGAGAACUCUAUGCUCUCUACAAAGCACUUGUCCAUUGGAGGCACUUUCUAUUGGGAAGGUUCUUCUAUUUGAGAACUAACCAUCAUACCCUAAAAUGGAUCAAGACCCAACCGACUCUCUCUGAUACACUCAAGCGAUGGAUUGAGGUCAUAGAUCAAUAUGACUUCAAGCUAGAGUAUCUGAAGGGAGAUUACAACAAGGUUGCAGAUGCGCUGUCACGUAGAGCAGACUACCUAGGGGCGCUAGUUUCUGAGUUUGGUGUAUCUGAGGAACUAACUCAAUCGUUGGUGGGAGCCUAUCAGGAAGACCCUGUCACGAUGGACAUCAUACGCAAACUUCAGGCAAAAGACAAGGCCACAGAAGAUGAGUUUGUGAUGGUGGAUGGGAUUCUCUUUCUUGAUAAGGCAGGAGUUAAAAGGUUAGUUGUUCCAUCUAGUGAACGUUUGCGUAGUUUAUUUAUAGGAGAAUGCCAUGACGCAACCGGACACUUUGGCUACAAAAAGACGAGUGUCAAUCUAGUACAACGAUUUUGGUGGCCUGGAAUGCUAGAUGACGCCAAGAAGUAUGUAGAGACCUGUCAGGUCUGUCAGCGAGACAAGCCGCGAACUCAAGCACCGCUUGGGUUACUGACGCCCUUACCUAUUCCAUCUGGUCUAGGAGAGAGUGUUUCCAUGGAUUUCAUGAACACCCUGGUGACCAGUAAGAGUGGCAAGAGGCAUAUCUUUGUCAUGAUUGACCGAUUCACCAAAUACGCUAGACUAAUUGCCAUGCCAGAGACCGCAAGGACUGAACACGUCAUCAAGUUGUUUCAGGACAACUGGGUGCAUGAUGUUGGACUACCAAAGUCAAUCGUUAGUGACAGAGAUGUCCGCUUCACAAGUGAGCUGUGGAAGAAGACUGUUGAACAGAUGGGCAGUCACCUUCAAAUGACUUCAGGGAAUCAUCCCGAAGCCAACGGACAGGCCGAGCAAAUGAACAGAGUUGUACAACACCUGCUGAGGCAUUACAUCAAGCCCAGUCGGGAUGAUUAGGAUGAGAAGUUGCCUCUCAUCGCCAGCCUGUACAACAACACUGUACACAGCAGUACCGGUGUCAGUCCUAAUCAGUUGCACUUAGGAUGGAAGCCUAGAUCAGCUCUGGACUUCCCCCUACCUGAAAACCGAUCCUCUGCAACUCCGGGCACACUUGAGUAUGGUGUGCAAUAUGAGAACUUGCUGCAGCAAGCUGUCGAGCACAUCAAGAAAUCUCAGCAAGCAAUGAUUGCUUCUGAGAACAAACAUCGUCGGCAAUC